UAUUUUCAGAUAUGGUCCGGAAAAAGAAUCCCCCUCUAAGAAACGUUAGAGAAGGAGAAACAGAGACCCUUCAAUCGCCAGGUACAGAAAGUGACAAUACUGAAAGAAAAGAAGAAUUUUCUGCCGGUCAGAUGCAAGACAACACUGAGUCGGGUGAGGCUGUGGAGCAAAAUGACGAGGAGUUUUGCACGCAUGUCCCAGAGCCAUCUCCCAGCUCUAAAAAGGACUUGAAAAGCUCUACAACGAGUGAAAAGGCUGGCUUCAAUUAUGAAAGCCACAAUAAGGGAGGAAAUGUUCCAUCCUUCCCUCAUGAUGAGAUGACAGACAGAAAUAUGCCGGCCUUCUCAUCUCCAGCUGUUGGGGGAAUCUCUGAGUCCUUGAAGUCUCCCCACAGAUCAGAUGCAGAUGACACCCAAGAUGUGGCCUGCAACCUGUCAGUAGAUCUGACAGAGAAAAGUGAAGAGAUUCGCAUGUCACCAAAAUCUAUUGAUGAAACAAUGCACGUGCAAAGUGGUCAAGCUGAGGGCCGCGGUUCAAGCCCAGCCUCUGUGGCCUCAAAAAACCCACAAGUGCCUUCAGAUGGGGACUUAAGGCCAAUCAAAUUGAAAGCAGAUUUGACGGCAAAUGAGAACCCAGAUACGGCGCCUCUGUCUCCAGAGCUUCAGGACUUCAAAUGCAACAUCUGUGGCUAUGGUUACUAUGGGAACGACCCCACAGAUCUUAUAAAACACUUCCGCAAGUACCACCUUGGGCUACAUAACCGCACCAGGCAGGAUGCUGAGCUCGACACUAAAAUUUUAGCUCUCCACAAUAUGGUGCAGUUCAGCCAUUCCAAAGACUUCCAGAAAGUCAACUGUUCUGUGCUAUCAGGGGUUCUGCAGGACAUCAGUUCUCAAAGGCCUGUUUUGCUAAACGGGACUUACGAUGUGCAGGUAACCUUAGGUGGGACCUUUAUUGGCAUUGGACGCAAAACUCCAGAUUGCCAAGGGAACACCAAAUAUUUCCGCUGCAAGUUCUGCAAUUUCACCUACAUGGGCAAUUCUUCAACUGAGUUGGAACAGCACUUCUUGCAGACCCAUCCGAACAAGAUCAAGGCCUCCCUUCCUGUCUCUGAAGGCAGCAAAGCCACAGACAGAAACUCGAACAAGUCCAGUCCUACUGUUCGAUCGGGUGAGAUGGGAGAUUUGGGGAAGUGGCAGGACAAGAUCACCAUCAGAUGUGGAGAUGACACUCCAGUUGGCUAUUCGGUGCCCAUCAAGCCCCUUGAAUCCUCAAGACAAAACGGUACGGAUGCCUCCAGUUACUACUGGUGCAAAUUCUGCAGCUUUAGUUGUGAAUCCUCCAGCUCUCUCAAACUAUUAGAACAUUACAGCAAGCACCAUGGGGGGAACCAGGCAGGGGGCCCUCACCCAGAUCGGAAUGACAAGCUCUCAAGGGGGUCAGUCAUUAAUCACAAUGACGUAACCAAAAAUGCAGAUGAAGAGUUAGCAACAAAGAGCGAGAAGGGCUCUAGCAUGGCCAAAAAGAAAGACUUUUCCAGCUCAGGAGUGGAGGACCACGUGGUGACAAGCUACAAUUGUCAGUUUUGUGAUUUUAGGUACUCAAAGAGCCAUGGCCCAAAUGUAAUAGUGGUGGGACCUCUUCUUCGUCAUUAUCAGCAGCUACACAACAUUCAUAAAUGUACUAUUAAGCACUGUCAGUUUUGUCCCCGAGGCCUCUGUAGUCCAGAAAAGCACCUUGGAGAAAUUACUUAUCCUUUUGCUUGCAGGAAAAGUAAUUGUUCCCAUUGUGCUCUCUUGCUCUUGCACUUGUCCCCUGGGAUGCCAGGAGGCACCAGAGUCAAGCAUCAGUGUCACCAGUGCUCUUUCUCCACCCCUGAUGUAGACGUUCUCCUGCUUCACUAUGAAACCACACACGAAGCCCAGGUGUCUGAAGUCAAGCAAGAAGCAAAUACCCUGCAAGGGGGGGAUGGACCACUGACUGUCAAAGAAAGCAAAGAACACUCGUGUACCAAAUGUGACUUUGUCACUCAGGUAGAGGAGGACAUUUCUCGACACUACAGGAGAGUCCAUAAUUGUUAUAAAUGCCGUCAGUGCAGCUUUACAGCGCUUGAUACACAGUCCUUACUGGAACACUUCAACACUGUGCACUGUCAAGAAAUGGACAUCACCACAGCCAAUGGGGAAGAUAGCCAUGGGAUGGCGGCUGCUCUCAAGGAAGAAUCCAAAAUUGAUCUGAAGGUUUAUAACCUGAUCAGUUCGGAUCCAAAAAUGGGGGACCCCAUCUUGGAGAGUGUAGUGAAGAAGGAAAAGAUGGAGGAAAAAGAAGGAUCGAAGGAGAAAGGUUGGCCUGAUGGGUCUAGUGAUGAUCUUCGUGGUACAACUUGGAGAGGAGUGGACAUUUUGAGAGGAAGCCCAUCCUAUACCCAAACAAGCUUGGGCCUUCUGACCACGGUGUCUGUUGUCCAAGAGCAGCCAAAGGCUUUGAGGGAUAGUCCAAAUGUAGAAGCUGCUCAUCUUGCGAGGCCUGUAUAUAGCUUGCCUGUUGAGACCAAGGGAUUCCUGCAAGGCAUGCCCCAAGGAAGUGGAGAAAAACCUGGACCACUUCAGCCAUAUCCUGGAUCUGCUGAUAACAAGUCAAAGGAUGAGUCUCAAUCACUUUUACGGGUAGGAAAUUCU